AUGGAACCUACUUUUCCUCUACUACGACUUCCCGAGAAUGUUAUCGUCCAAGUGCUCCAAAACACGAAUCCCAGUCAACUAUUAAUCUUCUCCCUGGCCUCAUCAAAAACUAAAAACCUUGUUAUAGCAUUGGGAUUAAAAGCAAAUGUUCACAUCAGCAUCUCUUAUAGCAUUAGUCUAAAUGUGAACAUUGGAAGAUUCGGGUGGAAUUUGGUCUUUAGCAACAAUUCGAACGAUCAGAAUGCCGAAUUUGACAUUACUCGUCCAAUUUCUGCUUCUUGUCAAUGUCUGAACAAACCAUUCCAACCAUCAACUUCAUUCAACUUCAGCGAUUGGUUGGAUCAUAUUCGGACAGUUUUCUGCUACACGAAACCAAUAGACGUAUUUUUAUUUCACGGCAGUGAGCGAUUUGAAAUGGAAUCGCUAAAGAAUACGUUAAAAAACGUCAAUUCUCUUACUAUAUGUAGAGGUGUCACUGAUAUUCAGAGUAAACUAAUUUUGAAACAUUUUAAAGACUUGAACGAAUUACGCCUGAACUGCAACCCAUUUGAAGAUAUAUGUGACGUUCGAAAAUUUUUUAUUCAAAACUUCGAAUAUAUCUAUUUUGAGGAUGUAUACUCACUGGAUGAUAUGUUAUUGGUCAACAGUGAAAAACAUUGGAUUCGGGGAUCGAACCCAAGACUACAACGCAUGUCUCUAUCAAUCAAUAACAGUGGUUCCGUGAGCAGAGAAAUGCUUUUGAAAGGAAUUGAUUGCGUAGAUGUCGGAGAAGAAGAGCAAGAAAAAAUUUGUCAAGAGCACAAAAUUGUCAGUGAUUAUAUGGUUGAGAUCAGACGGAAAGGCGGGGCACCUGCUGUGAUUGCAACCAAGGAAUUCGAAAAUAUUCUCUACAUCUGUUUUAUCGCCGUUCACUAA